AUGACACCCGGCCGAAAUGGUGCCCCAGACAUUAAGGGCCCUCGAUAUCAGUCAUACCAGCCCCUCACGGCCCCCUUAUCUAAUGUCUUGUGCGCGAUCGAGAAGAGGAAUGACCUACGUUGGCCCCGGUUCGCCAGAGAGGAGCCCCGCCGAAGUCCUGCUUUGGGUACUUUUUGUCGUUUCCAUAAUGAGUAUGGCCACACAACGGGUGAGUGUUCACAUUUGAAGGACGAGGUGGAGCGUCUUAUCAGAGAUAAUAAAAUCGGAGAUUUUGUAAAAAUAGACCCCCCACGUGGACAAAAACGAGAGGCUCAGUUUGGAAAUCCGGCCCGGGUUCCACCCCCACCUCCAGUACCAAAACGAGGUUAUAUUCAAAUGAUCUCGGGAGGACCCACAAGAGGAGAUACUCACCGAGCUAGGAGACGCUACCUCGGUAAUAUUAAAAAUAAUCAUGAAGUCUGCCAGAUCUCUGCAACGGCAUGUCACAAAUAUCCCCCUAUUUCGUUUGGACCAGAGGAUGCCGUAGACCUUGACGAUUUUCAUUGCGACCCUCUCCUCAUCACAAUUAACGUAGGCGGAUACGACGUAACUCACGCUUUCGUCGACUCGGGAAGCUCCGUUGAUGUCAUCUCUUAUGAUUGUUUCCAACAGAUGGAGCUCGAUCUCCCGGUUUUCCCGGUCACUACCCCGAUAUUCGAAUUCACGGGAGGAUCUCUAACACCGGUUGGGCAAGUUAAAAUCCCGGUCACCAUCGGGACGCCGCCUCAUACGUGGACACUAGCCGUCAACUUCGUGAUUGUCGAAGGAUCCCCUACCUCGUAUAACAUCGUGAUAUGCCGACCUAUGAUGCAUAUCUUCCGAGCCGUCCCUUCUACUAUACACCAAAAACUCAAGUUCCCUGUGAACGGAGCGAUAGGGGAAGUCAGAGGUGACCAAGCCCAAUCAAGAUCUUGUUAUGUCGAGGUAGUCAAAUGGCAGAAAAGGGACGACAUGGCACUUUCAUUAAGGAGGAUCUGGGAGACGAGAAACGCCCCCGAAUUGAUCCCGAAGACAAAGUCACCCACGUACAGCCGAUGGACGAGCUAA